AUGACAACGCUGCCGCCGCCGCCGCCAGCGUUCGUGUACCGGAUUAGCACCGGGGAGGAGUGGGCAGAGCCUCAGCGCACCGGCGGCGACCUCGACCGAUCCACUGGCUGCUUUCACCUCAGCGACCUCGCCCAGCAGAAUGUGAACAUGACACUAAAGAAUUUUUUCCAUGGGCAAAAUGAUCUAUACCUGUUACAAGUUGACACUGCCAAGAUUGCAGAUGGCCUAAUUUAUGAGGCAGCUGAUGGUUGUAACUACUUUCCUCAUUUCUAUGGUCCUGGUCGGAGCUUUGCACCCCUUCAACUAAGUGUUGUUGUCAAGGCAGACAAAAUAGUGCUGGCAAACAAUGAUUUUACAUCCAAUAUACUUAAUGGAGCAGCCAUCUAA